AGGAAAGAAAGAAAGCAAUUCUCUUUGGUGUAGCUUCUAUUUAUAUAACACAUUCUAUGAAACACUCUAGCAAAGUAGAGCCUCAUUGCCACCAUCAUUAAGCCAGGAAGGCAGGCCAGAGAGAGUAUAGAUAGAAGAAACCACCCUAAUGGCUUCAGAGAAAGUAGAGACAGUGAUCGCAGGGAACUACCUGGAAAUGGAGAACAGGGAAGGUGAAGCAGCAGAAGCAGAAGGGAGCCCUGAAUCCCAAAAGAGCAGGUUUUCAACCUUGUUCUGGCAUGGCGGCUCUGUCUACGAUGCCUGGUUCAGCUGUGCUUCUAACCAGGUGGCACAAGUUCUGCUGACAUUGCCUUACUCAUUCUCACAACUGGGGAUGCUCUCAGGGAUCCUUUUCCAGCUGUUUUAUGGGUUGAUGGGAAGCUGGACUGCUUACCUUAUCAGUGUACUCUAUGUAGAGUACAGAACUAGGAAGGAAAGGGAGAAAGUUGAUUUCAGAAAUCAUGUCAUUCAGUGGUUUGAAGUUCUUGAUGGGUUGCUGGGAAAGCACUGGAGGAACUUAGGCCUCAUCUUUAACUGCACUUUUCUACUAUUUGGCUCUGUCAUUCAGCUAAUUGCCUGUGCAAGCAACAUCUACUACAUAAACGACAGCUUGGACAAGAGAACAUGGACAUACAUAUUUGGAGCUUGCUGUGCAACAACUGUGUUCAUCCCAUCUUUCCACAACUACAGAAUCUGGUCCUUUUUGGGCCUCAUCAUGACUACUUACACUGCUUGGUAUCUCACAAUCGCUUCCCUCACUCUAGGCCAGGUUGAAGGAGUGAAGCAUUCUGGUCCAACCACCAUGGUCCUCUACUUCACCGGAGCAACCAACAUUCUCUACACCUUCGGCGGCCACGCUGUUACUGUGGAGAUUAUGCACGCAAUGUGGAAGCCCCAGAAGUUCAAAUCAAUCUACCUGAUCGCAACGCUCUACGUUCUGACCCUGACGCUGCCAUCGGCUUCCGCCGUCUACUGGGCAUUCGGCGACCAGCUGCUCACCCACUCCAACGCUCUGGCUUUGCUCCCCAGGACGAGAUUCAGAGACGCCGCCGUGGUUCUGAUGCUGAUUCACCAGUUCAUCACUUUUGGGUUCGCCUGCACUCCAUUGUACUUCGUGUGGGAGAAGUUGAUUCGGAUCCAUGAGACGAAGAGCGUGGUGAAGAGGGCGCUGGGGAGGCUUCCCGUGGUGAUUCCGAUUUGGUUUCUGGCAAUCAUCUUCCCUUUCUUCGGCCCGAUCAACUCCACCGUUGGGUCGCUGCUCGUUAGCUUUACGGUCUACAUCAUCCCUGCUUUGGCACACAUGGUCACUUUCUCUUCGCCCUCGGCUCGAGAGAAUGCAGUGGAGAGGCCAGGAAGAAUGAUGGGAGGGUGGGUUGGACACUUCUGCAUCAACACAUUGGUGGUGGUAUGGGUCUUUGUGGUGGGCUUUGGGUUCGGAGGAUGGGCCAGCACCGUUAACUUCGUCCGUCAGAUUAACACCUUUGGACUGUUCACCAAGUGCUACCAGUGCCCUCCUCACAAGCCUUGACCAGCAAGCAAGUACAGAAACAGAGCAGAGAAAGCCAACAUCAGCAAGCAAAUUAGCUACUUCACUCCAGUCAGUGUGGCAUGCAUGUUUAGUGUAAAGAGAGAGAAUUUUUUUUUUUUUUCGUUUUCAAAUUCGCGACCUUUCUUCUGUUUAGAACUGCGGUUCAAUCAUGUGUGCGCGCGUGUGUAACUUUCAUUUGCGAUUGGUUUUUUCAUAGUCUUGCUCUUGCCUCCCUUUUUCUUCAUAACAACAGUUAGCUUAGUUUUGCAGAGUCUAUAGUCACAUUGUUGAAUGUUGAGUGACUGUAUUUUGUUGAUCAUUCAGAGUUGGAGAUAUAUAUAUGUAUGGCUCUUUUUUACUUUAAGAGCUUGUAAUGUGAGGAGGAUGCAUCAACAACAUUCGAGAUCCCUGGGGAAAAGAUGCACAAUCAUUUUCCAAACAUCAUCAAUGAAAAUUUCCAGC